AUGACAAGCUCGGCGUAUUAUCCAAACACUGAAAGUGGAUAUUGGCCUUAUCAUCCAUUUGAUGAUGCAUCAAGUGCCGAAGCAGCACAUUCUAUGACACCAUGCCAGCAAGUCCCGCAACUAUAUCCGAGCCAACAACAAAAUUCAUUAAAUUUUGGUAUUAAUAAUAAUAUCUCUUCAAAUGUAGCUCCACGUCCAAGUCUUCUGGAAACUAUUCUAAAGCAUGGAAAAGAAGCAGUUACUGGAAUAUACCCACAUUUAGGUAGUAAACCAAAUCACGGAUUACAUUCAAGUGCAUAUACGCCAAAUACAACUUCUCCAUACAAUUCUUCAUCUUGUUCGGAUCGAAGUUCUCCAACAAAAAUUAUUAAUUCAGAUACUUCAUCACAAGAAAAGUUCCCAUUAUCUCAAGACUUAGUGAAAACUGAAGAAAAGUUCAAAAACUGUAAUUAUCCGAGUCUAGUGAGAGAUACGGAAAAUUUUAAAACUAAUACUGAUUAUGAUUCCGAUGAAGAUAAUAAAUAUGAAGACUCGGAUAUUGCACACUCUCCUGAAGAUAGUAAAUUACUGUUUAAUCAACAAGUUGAUUAUCCUUGGAUGAAGUCGAGUUAUACCGAUACUAAUUCAAUGGGCCAAAAGCGUACAAGACAAACAUAUACCCGCUUUCAAACUUUGGAAUUGGAAAAGGAAUUCCACUAUAAUAAAUAUUUAACAAGGCGAAGAAGAAAUGAGAUUGCAAACACAUUAUGUCUCACAGAAAGGCAAAUCAAAAUUUGGUUUCAAAAUAGAAGAAUGAAGGCCAAAAAAGAUUGCAAAACUGGAUUCAAUCUUGAUUCAGGCUACAGUGAAGAAAUCCCGCCUUUAAAACAAUGCGAACCAGAGAAACUUCCAGCUAUCCCAUCGAUUAACACUACACCUCCGAUAUUUCAUAACGUGACGCAAAACCAUAACGGCAAUUCAGGACCACAACCCUCUAUCAACAUUCAUCAGCAUCAAUUACAAGGAUCUUAUCUUAGCUAUCACCAAUAUCAGCAAGAGCAUCCAUAUCCAAGUCAGGAACAUUUUUCUUAUCGUGGCGUGGAUUCCUAUUCAGAGAAGCUCAGUUGA